UUCUGAAUACAUUUAUCGAAAUAAUGAUGACGCAAUAAUGAAGAAAAACAUUAGUAAUGAUGACGAAUCUGAACUUCUAAGUUCCUCUGCAUGGAAAAGUUUGAGAAAUCCGUCAUUAUUCUACGCUUCUGCUGACCUUCAAUAUGUGGCAAUAACUUAUCAACACAAAGAUUCCUACGUUGAGUACCUGAGGACAUUUUCCGUAUCAAUGUUUAGAACCAACGAUUCACAACAAGUUUUCUCACCAGGCUUUCCCGAAGAGGGAAUUUUAAAAAUUAAAUGGGAUUCUGUUGGACACAAGAUGGCGUAUGUGUAUGAUUUCAAUGUGUUUUUGUUGUUGAAUUUCUCUUCUAGUCCAAUACAGAUUACCGAGGAUGGUAAAAACAACAUCAUUGCCAACGGAAUAUCUGACAUAACAAACGAUGAUGCGCUGAUGUGGUGGUCACCCAAUGGAACCUAUUUGGCAUAUGUGAAAUCGAAUCAGACUGGAGUAGAACGUUUUGAAUUUCCCUACUAUGGAGGAAGUCAGUAUCCCACGAUGGUCAGCUAUCCUUAUCCUAAACCUGGAAAGCUUAUCUCGAAAACAUUAAUAUUCAUUAUUAAUGUAGAGAAUCCAACAGAGAGUUUUGAAGUGAUACCAAGUGAUAGUGUCACAGGCUGGGGAGAAUAUUAUUUAAAUUCUGUAGUUUGGAAAAAUGACCAAAUCUUCAUGCCAACCUGGAAAAAUAGACUUCAAAACGAAGCAAUUUCAGAAAGUUGUAUUUCAAUAUCAAAUUUGUGGACAUGUAAUCAUGUUUCCGAAGACGUCAUCAUUGGUCAUAACAGUUGGUUAGGUGAGUUUGAACCAUCAGAUUUAUAUCCGAUUCCAAAUACAAACGAAUAUUUGACUGUGCGGGAAAACAGCCUUGGGUAUUUGCACCUAGUACUCGUUAACCGAACAAAGAAUUCUUUGGAUUGGAGAACAAAUGGAACAUUUGAGGUUGUUCAUAGAUCCCCAGCAGGAGAAGCCUUACAUUUUUAUGACAAACGAAACGAUUAUGCUUAUUUCACAAGUACAGAAGUUGAAGGCACAGAAGAUGGUUUGCCAAGAAUACGCCAUUUAUGGAAAGUUAAAGCUCAUGGAGAUAGAACUAGGGAGUGUGUCUCAUGCGAUCUGAAUACAAUAUAUGCUGAUAGAUGUAAUUGGGUUGACCCAACUUUCAGUCCCGAAGGAUCCUACGUUGUUAUAAACUGUGGCGGAACGGGAAACGGAGUACCCGUCUCAACUCUUCAUCAUAUAUCUGAUUUUGGCGAAGUUAGUUUACAGAGAGUAGUUGAAAAUAACACUCAGAUCAUCGAAAACCUUGAAGCUUACAAAUUUCGAACAAGAGAAUAUGGUGAGCUUAGUCUUCCUCAAGUUGAUGAUGAAGUCUUUUAUUACACUCUACACAUACCACAACUUCAAUUCAAGCAAAAAAUAUCCAUUGCUGGUUCAUGUUUAUUCAGGCCCUGGCUACCAAGACACAAUAGAUUCCUUCAUUUCGACAUGGCCGAUCGGUUACAUACCAAGUAGCGAUCUUGAUGUGGUUGUGGUCACUUUUGAUGGAAGAGGUACGGGAUUCAGAGGGAAAAAAAUCAGAAGCAUGGUCUACAAUCGUAUAGGAGAAUAUGAACCGCUGGAUCAAAUCGAAGCAACUCGACAAAUUACUGAAAAAUAUAACUUUAUAGAUUCCAGCAAGAUUGCAAUGUGGGGAAGAUCUUACGGAGG